AUGGAAAUCCACCGUCGAAUUCAGUUCGAGGGCAACGACACGGCCUAUAUCCGAUUUCUCGAGGCUAAAGUACUUGAGCUGGAGCGAAUCUUGCUGUCCAGCCUAGAAAGUCACUCUCCCGCUCCUCAGUCAAUAGAAGCCGGGGGAAACCAACGCCCCAGUAGUCGCCAAUACCAUACGAAUGAACCUGCGAAUCAAUCUAGGGGCUUCCAAGUCAUCGAAUACGACCCAACACGCAUCGACCGAGCUCCAACCGAAAAGCCAUCCAAUAGCCAAACACGAUUGAGGUGGCAAUCUGAUUUGGACAGUCUCCUAGCAAAGAUACCGCCGUUGGGUCAUUGGCGAUCCAAUAAGCAAAAGUUUCUGGAGGAUGGUGAAAUCACGCUGAGGAUUCUGUCCCAUGCUGAUACUCUAUCAUACCAGCCACCCAGAUUUUCCCAACAAACAUCUUCCGAAAUUGUUGGUCUUGUUCCUAUUUUGCACCAAUAUUGUGACUUCGCGAUGAAAACAAGCCCCGAAGGCGAUUUUUAUCGCAAGUUGGUGUGCUUUCGAGAACUCGUAUUCAUGUCAUUUUGUGCAGUCACGCUAAAAACGGUUGGGGACGCAGCCAGCGUAUUCGAAGUCAUGCGAGAAUAUAGCGGGCACGACGCCCAGGAGAAGCAUCUUAUUAAGCUGACUCGUGGUGCAAUUUGGGCAAAUCGCUCUAUUUUCGCUUUAUCUGAGACUCAGUGGAGAUCGGAUUGCUCUGAUAUAUUUUUGCAAGGUGAGUCAGAAUAA